CUUUAUUUUCUCAGUACAGUGACUUGUUUUCUUAGGACUGGGCGACGAUGUCGUCAUCGGAUGAGCAGCUGUUUAUCAACACAACCAGUUCAUCUCCCACUUUUUUGGAAGUGAAAGCUUCCAAGAGGAAAUUGCCUCCCGCCAACAAACAGCGGUGCCAUGCCAAGCAGGCCAGGCUGCAAGAGGCUCCGCCUCCGGCAAAGCCGCAGCAGACGCGGUGCAGGGCGGACGCCAAGACGGACGGCAAGCCGGCCAUCAAGACCUCUUCUCUGUUCAAACACAACCCAGACAUCCCGGAAGUACACAGGGCCGAAGUCUGUCCGCUAACAGAGAAGAUUUUUACCUCGGACUCCUUCGCCGACUUCAAACUUCACCCUCACCUGGUGGCAACGCUGAGCAAAGUCCUCAAUGUUUCCACGCUAACCAGCGUUCAGAAGCAGAGCAUCCCGGCGCUUCUGUCGGGAAGGGACGCCAUCGUCCGAUCCCAGACGGGCUCAGGUAAGACUUUGUGUUACGCUGUCCCGCUGGUGCAGAGCCUGCUGGGUCUCCAAAGCAAAGUCCAGCGCUCCGACGGUCCUCUGGCACUCGUCAUCGUCCCCACCAGAGAGCUGGCCCAGCAGACCUUCGUCACCUUCCAGAAGCUUCUCAAGCCAUUCAUGUGGAUCGUUCCUGGGGUUCUAAUGGGGGGAGAAAAGAAGAAGUCCGAGAAGGCCAGAUUGCGCAAAGGCAUUAACAUCCUGGUGGCCACGCCGGGACGUCUGGUGGAUCACAUCAAACACACACUCUGCAUCGCCUUCAGCGGCGUACGCUGGCUCGUUCUGGACGAGGCCGACCGGACUUUGGACUUGGGCUUCGAGAAGGACCUGACAGUCAUCUUAAACUCUUUGAACUCAACCGGACCAGAGCGACAAAAUGUUCUCUUGUCGGCAACACUCACACACGGUGUGACACGUUUGGCAGACAUUUGUUUGAAGGAUCCAGUCAGCAUCCAGGUUUGUGAGCCCGCCUCCCCCAACACCGGCGCCCCCAUCGAUCAAUCGGAAAGCUUCGCGGUGCCGACGGGCCUCCAUCACUUGGUGGUCAUCGUGCCCAGUAAAGUCCGACUGGUUUGCCUCGCCACCUUCCUCCUACACGCCUGCCAGGCCAAGAAGGUGAUGGUGUUUGUGUCGAGUUGCGAAGAGGUGGACUUCUUGCACUCCCUCUUCUGCGGCGUACUGUCCGCUAAUGGGAAGGCUGGCCUCGUCUUCAUGCGUCUCCAUGGCAACAUGUGUCAGGAGGAGCGCUCGGAGGUGUUUCGCACGUUCUCCACUUCUGCCUGUGGAGUUCUGCUGUGUACGGACGUCGCCGCUAGAGGGCUCCACUUACCUGAGGUCACCUGGAUAAUACAGUACACUCCUCCGUGCAGCGUAGCGGAGUACAUCCAUCGCGCGGGACGCACGGCGCGGAUAGGCCAGAUGGGCAGCAGCCUGCUCUUCCUGGCGCCCGCCGAGUCAGCCUUCGUGGACGUACUGGCCAAGGGCAACAUCGGCCUGUCGGAGAUGAAGCUGCCCGACAUCCUCGCUUAUCUCAUGAAGGAUGACGCCUACAAGGGGCGGGGCAAGUACCACAGCCAGGCGAGUCGCGCCGCUCUGGAGCAGGAGUCGCGCGAGCGCGCCACCGUCCUGCAAACGCACUUUGAGAACUUCGUGCACGCCGACGCCGCGUCGCUGCGAAACGCCAAGAAAGCGUUGGCGUCGUACCUGAGGUCGUACGCCAGCUACCCGGCCCGCCUCAAGCACGUGUUCCACAUCCGCGCCCUCCACCUGGGACACGCCGCCAAGAGCUUCGGCCUGAGGGACGCGCCGCGGAACCUUUCCGCCGGACCCCAACGGACUAUCAAACGACGGGGCGGACCACACGGAACCCAGAACGCCGCGAAUCCACAUCAUAAGUUGCGUCAGGAGCAGCAACAGAACGCCAAGGCAAAGAACGCCGCCGCUUACGAAUUCUCCUCCGGUUUCCAAUUCACCACAAAGAAAAACAAGAAGAAGAGAGAGGAGGAGGGGGCGGAGCUUCCGUAAUCACACAGUUCGAGUUUUCGAGUUAGACUUUUCGCACACUUUUGAUGAAAACGCAUUUUUUGUCGACGUUUUAACGUGAAGUUAUUAAACACGCGGCCUUGUUUGUGACGAGCUUCCCA